GUCCCCUCAACUGCGCCCUGAAUCAUAUUUUUCCACACUUUGACGAAUGCCUUGUAGAUUUGACCUGGCAGCGCAGACUUGGGUCUUGGUCAUCGUUUCAUUAUUAUAUCUCACCCACUAAUCGUGAUGGAUGAGUAGGGAAAGGGAGGAUAAAAAGGAUUUAUAAUGCAAGCCCAUUGAGUGAUUCUUCAUUGCAAAUUGGAGGAAGAAAUUGUGGUCAUGAAGGUUUCCUUCAGUAGAAACUUGUUGUUCUUGUGCGCUCUUGGGCUGGCCAUCAGCUGCCUUGCCAUUCAAGCAGCACCUGACUACAUACAUCACGUCUGCUCCAACACAACUACUAUCCAACCUAACAGCACCUACCAGACCAAUCUCAAUUCCCUUCUCUCUUCCCUUUCCUCUAAUGCUACCCGUGCCAACGGAUUCUACAAUGCCACUGCCGGCCAGAGCCCCGAUGUUGCCUACGGCCUCUUCCUCUGCCGAGGCGAUGUUGCCAUUGACGAUUGUCGAGAUUGUGUGGCGAAUGCCAGUGCAGAGAUACUACAGCAGUGUUCAGGGGUAAAAAAGGCCAUUAUUUGGUAUGAUCAGUGUAUGUUACAUUACUCAAACAGGUCCAUCUUCUCUAGAGUGGAAGAAAAUCCCAUGCUGCAACUUUACAAUCUGCAGAAUGUCACAGAUCCAGGUCCAUUCAAUCAGUUAGUGGUGGAUACGAUGAAUGCCACAGCGACUCUAGCUGCGAAUGAUGAAUCAGGCAAGAAGUUUGCGACCAAAGAAGAAAAUUUCACGGGAUCUCAAACGCUGUACAGUCUAGUUCAAUGCACUCCGGAUUUAUCGAUUGCCGAUUGCAGUAAAUGUUUAGAGGGAGCCAUUGGAGCUCUUUCGCUUUGCUGCAGUGGAAAACAAGGAGCAAGGACUUUGACUCCAAGCUGCAAUGCUAGGUAUGAACUGUACCCGUUCUACCAGCUUGAAGCUGGACCAUUGGCGCCGGCACUGGCACCAGCACCAACUUCGGCGACAGUGCUGCUUCCUCCGCCUCCUGCUCCGUCUUCUAAAUCAAGCGCUACAGGAAAAGCUAAAAUUUCAUCCCAAGUAAUCAUCGACAUUGUUUUUCCGACCAUUGUUGCUGUGAUGAUCCUACGACACUGACCCCAAUUAAUGUUGUGGCACCUCCUCUCCUCUUCAUCUGCUGCCCUUCUUCAUUGUCAUUCUUAAACUGCUUCUCUCAUGGCUUCUUCUCCAAAGUGGCACUGAAGCCUUGAUAAGGAAACUUGGGAUCCUGUUUUCCCAUCUCCUCUUCUCUCACACGAAGUGUUGAGAGUAGAGAAAGAUUGAGAGUUUAUGGUUGUGUUUGACUGUGUAUGUAUUUUGAAAUUCAUGAAUUAUCUUAUGAAUGCAGUACUUGGCUAAUGGAUGCAGGUUGUCUAAA